UUUCUUAUUUUCUUAAUGGAACUAAAAGCAUGUGAGUCACACCCCCCUCCUUCCUCCUCAGGUUGUAUGCAGGGCAUGGUUCCCUACCUACCAGAGUUGAUGCCUCACCUCAUCCAGUGUCUCUGUGAUAAGAAGGCCCUGGUGCGCUCCAUCGCCUGCUGGACCCUGUCCCGCUACGCCCACUGGGUGGUCAGCCAGCCCCCCGACUCCCACCUCAAACCCCUCAUGACUGAACUCCUCAAGAGGAUCCUGGAUGGGAACAAGAGGGUUCAGGAGGCCGCCUGCAGUGCGUUUGCUACCCUAGAGGAGGAGGCUUGUACAGAGCUGGUUCCCUAUCUGAGCUUCAUUCUGGAUACUCUGGUCUUCGCCUUUGGAAAAUACCAACACAAGAACCUGCUGAUACUGUACGACGCUAUAGGAACACUGGCCGACUCAGUAGGACACCACCUCAACCAACCGGAGUACAUAGAGAAGCUGAUGCCACCUCUCAUCGCCAAGUGGAAUGAGCUGAAGGAUGAAGAUAAGGACCUGUUUCCUCUGUUAGAGUGUCUGUCCUCUGUAGCUACAGCCCUCCAGAGCGGCUUCCUGCCCUACUGUGAACCAGUCUACCAGCGCUGUGUUACACUGGUGCAGAAAACACUGGCUCAGGCUAUGAUGUACAGCCAACAGCCGGACCAGUACGAAGCUCCUGAUAAGGACUUUAUGAUCGUGGCCCUGGACCUCCUCAGUGGUCUGGCUGAGGGCCUGGGGGGCCACGUUGAUCAGCUGGUGUCCCGGAGCAACAUCAUGACACUACUGUUUCAGUGCAUGCAGGACACCAUGCCAGAGGUGAGACAGAGCUCUUUCGCCCUGCUGGGUGAUCUGACCAAGGCCUGCUUCCCUCACGUCAAACCCUGCAUCGCUGAGUUCAUGCCUAUCCUAGGGACCAACCUGAACCCAGAGUUCAUCUCUGUGUGUAACAACGCUACCUGGGCCAUUGGAGAGAUCUGCAUGCAGAUGGGUGUAGAGAUGCAGCCCUAUGUGUCUCUGGUUCUGAACCAGCUGGUAGAGAUCAUCAACAGACCCAACACACCCAAGACCUUGCUGGAGAACACUGCCAUUACGAUUGGUCGCCUGGGCUACGUGUGUCCUCAGGAGGUGGCUCCGAUGCUCCAGCAGUUCAUCAGACCGUGGUGUACGUCCCUACGGAACAUCCGUGACAACGAGGAGAAAGACUCCGCCUUCAGAGGGAUCUGCAUGAUGAUUGGUGUAAACCCUGGGGGAGUGGUCCAGGACUUCAUCUUCUUCUGUGAUGCCGUGGCGUCCUGGGUCAGCCCUAAAGACGACCUGAGAGACAUGUUCUACAAGAUCCUCCAUGGUUUUAAGGACCAGGUAGGAGAGGAGAACUGGCAGCAGUUCUCAGAACAGUUUCCCCCCCAGCUGAAGGAGAGACUGUCUGCCUGCUACGGCGUGUAGAAACCCCCCCGAACCUAACAUCAGGUGAGCCAGUAGUAGAGGAGGAAGGUGAAAAGGAAUCUCAUCCAUCUGUGUUAAUGCCCUGAACUGAUCUGGGGGGAGGGGGAGAGGGACCCAUCACGCCAUUGGCCGCUCCCCCUGACAGACGGCCCCCACGCCCUAUGUAUUUCUCCAUAGCGGGAGGGUGGGCGGGACUUGGGGAGGGACAGGGGGACACCUCUAGAUUAAAGAUUAAGGGGAUCCAACCAACACAGAGAAACCAACUAAGGUCGGGACAGAGCGGGGGUACCUACAUUCAGAAGGAAUAGGUUCCAACGCAGAAACAGGUAGGGACAGAUAGAGAAUGAAGAGUGAGGGAAAGAGAGAUAGGUAGGGGCCAGCUAGACUACAGUAGAGAGGGGUAGGUAGGGGCCAGCUAGACUACAGUAGAGAGGGGUAGGUAGGGGCCAGCUAGACUACAGUAGAGAGGGGUAGGUAGGGGCCAGCUAGACUGCAGUAGAGGGGUAGGUAGGGGCCAGCUAGACUACAGUAGAGAUGGGUAGUUAGGGGCCAGCUAGACUACAGUAGAGAGGGGUAGGUAGGGGCCAGCUCAACUGCAGUAGAGAGGGGUAGGUAGAGAGGCCAGCUAGACUACAGUAGAGGCCAGCUAGACUAUAGUAGAGAGAGGUAGGUAGGGGCCAGCUAGACUGCAGUAGAGAGGGGUAGGUAGGGGCCAGCUAGACUACAGUAGAGAGGGGUAGGUAGGGGCCAGCUAGACUACAGUAGAGAGGGGUAGGUAGGGGCCAGCUAGACUACAGUAGAGAGGGGUAGGUAGGGGCCAGCUAGACUACAGUAGAGAGAGGGUAGGUAGGGGCCAGCUAGACUGCAGUAGAGGGGUAGGUAGGGGCCAGCUAGACUACAGUAGAGAGGGGUAGGUAGGGGCCAGCUAGACUGCAGUAGAGAGGGGUAGGUAGAGAGGCCAGCUAGACUACAGUGGAGAGACCAGCUAGACUACAGUAGAGAGGGGUAGGUAGGGGCCAGCUAGACUACAGUAGAGAGAGGUAGGUAGGGGCCAGCUAGACUAUAGUAGAGAGAGGAAGGUAGGGGCCAGCUAGACUGCAGUAGAGAGGGGAAGGUAGGGGCCAGCUAGACUGCAGUAGAGAGGGGAAGGUAGGGGCCAGCUAGACUACAGUAGAGAGAGGUAGGGGCCAGCUAGACUACAGAAGAGGUAGGUAGGGGCCAGCUAGACUGCAGUAGAGAGGGGUAGGUAGGGGCCAGCUAGACUGCAGUAGAGGGGUAGGUAGGGGCCAGCUAGACUGCAGUAGAGGGGUAGGUAGAGGCCAGCUAGACUGCAGUAGAGGGGUAGGUAGGGGCCAGCUAGACUACAGAAGAGGGGUAGGUAGGGGGCAGCUAGACUACAGUAGAGGUAGGUAGGGGCCAGCUAGACUACAGUAGAGGUAGGUAGGGGCCAGCUAGACUACAGUAGAGGUAGGGGCCAGCUAGACUACAGAAGAGAGGUAGGUAGGGGCCAGCUCGACUACAGAAGAGGGAAAGAGACUUAACAGAUUUAAAUCAGACUGUAGAAAAAAUCCACCACACAGAGAGCCAUAGACAGAGAGACUGACAGGCACUCCCACAGUAAGACACACUCACUUGCAAUACCUAGAGCUUUGUGUAGAUGGCGCUGUUACACUAGUCAGACUCCGACACUACCAGUAAGGGAUUAACAGUCAGUGAGGGACAGACAGGCAGGUGUCUGGCCUCUGUUUAUUUCUGGGAGAUAUAUGAGUAUUCCACCUGUUAUUACUACAUCACUGGUUCACUGCUGAUCUCUCCUCCACCAAGCAUGUUUGGUUUCUGUCCUUUUCCCUAAGGAAAGCUUUCUUCAUAUAACUAUCAUGAGAUCAUUCUCAUGUUCUCCUCUAGAUAGACGGGGGAUAACUAACCUCUUGGUUCAUACGAGUCAUCGUUAUAAGAGGGAGAGAAAUAGGGCUUAAAUAAUACCUGUUAUUCUUUACGUAAAGUUAGGAAACUACAGAUCACAGCCUCAAGAUCUCGUCUCCAGUUGUACCUGUUUGUGUGUCGUGUCUGAGUUUGUUUGCCUAUUGUUUACCGUACGUGACACUGUUGAUUGUUUUAAUAAGGUAACGAUGUAACACUUGACUCCUCCCACCCUAUUGUCCUCCACCUGUAAACUGUGACCAACUGUGUGUUUGUGUUGCCAUAGUGAUAUCUUGAGGAAAGAGAUUAAACCCAGAAUUGUUUAUCCUGAUAACGUGUUACAAGAGGUCCAUAUUUUGUUGCUUUUUGUUUAUUUUAUUUUUAAUUUGCUGCUACUGUUUUUUUAGUUUCCAUGGUGAGCUUAAAUGAACACACACAAAACAGUUGUUUACUUUUAGUUUUGUGGUUUUGCACUUUUAAUUUUUUUAUUUUUGUAUUAAGGAUUUUUUUAAACUUCCCUCAUAAAGGACAUCUGAAUUCUACCGUA